CACACUCCAUCUGCUCGCUCUGACACGAGCGCUCGUCUCCAAACCUCCAAAAACAUCACUGCUUGCUGCUUGCUGGUCUUGGUUUGUGCUUUUGGGUUUUUCCCAUCUCCAGGACAGGAAGAGGAACAGUAGCAGCAGAGGCAGUGAGAACUGGACACAAUUCCAGGAAAAGGAAGUGGGCAGUGACCUUUUUGAGCGAAAGACGCCGAGGGUCGCACAGCUGCUGGGCGACACUUUGAGGGAGGCUUGAGGAGGAGGAGAACCUGUUGGAUACAUUAGUGGACCCUUUUGUUGAGGGGGAGGAGGAAGGUGCUAAAAUAUUGCAUCUCUCUUCAUAAGCACAGGCUGGUUUGAGGAUUUGGAACUUCUGCUGAGAUCUUUGGAAUAUUCUACUUGUCGACACUCUGCGAGGAGGAUUUGGGACCUCGGACUGACGGCAGUGAGAUCAUGGCUUUGCUUCGCCUCUGGACCAUGGGGAUUGUGGCCGUCGUGGCCUGGUCCAUCUUGCCAGGCAUUUCCGAGGAGUCGGGCCUUCCUGCAGCAGUGGGGUCGAAGAGGCAAGGAGUUGGGGACAUUGUGAAGAAGGAGACCCAUCCUGUCCUGUCCCGGAAAAAGAGGGAAUGGAUCUGGAACUCACUCUACGUGGAAGAGGAGAAACCAGCACCCAAUCCCUACAAGAUCGGACAGCUCAAGUCAAGUCAGCGAGUGGAGGUGAAGAGGUUUAAAAUCGAAGGCGAAGGCGCAAACAGCAUCUUCACCGUGGACCAGAAAGGUGACCUGUUUGUCAGCAAGUCUUUGGACCGAGAGGAAAAGAGCUCGUACCAUUUGACCGCCAGGCUGUAUGACGGCAACAACAAGCUCAUUGAGGACUCGGGAGACUUUGUGGUCCAGGUGACAGACAUCAACGACAACAGCCCCGUUUUCCCUAGAACUUACAAUGGCUCCAUCAUGGAGAGGUCUUCAAUAGGAACCAAGGUGAUCGAAGUGAGGGCAACCGAUGCCGACGACCCCACUACUGCUAACAGCGAGCUGCGCUACUCUCUGACGCCGGAUGGUGACCUCUCUGCUUUUGAAAUCGACAGCAUCACAGGUAUGAUCAGCUGCAAGACGAGUACUCUGGAUCGUGAGACCAAGAGCCAGUACGUGGUGGUGGUCCGGGCUCAGGACAUGAGGGGAAUGGCAUCUGGCAGCACGUCCACCACGUCUGUCACUAUCACCAUCAGUGACACCAAUGACAACAUCGCCUCCUUCACCAGACGGAUUUUUGAGCUGCAGGUUCCGGAGGACCACAAGCUGAACGAGAGGAUGGGGACUCUGGAGCUGGAGGACAGGGAUCAGAUUCAAAACAAGGAGCCCAUCUUCUCCCUGCCCAAUGACAACAAAAUGUUCUACAUUGACCUCGAUCUCAACAAGGACGGCAACCUCAUGCUCCGACAGGCUUUGGACUACGAGACCAGAAACAGUUACUCCUUUACCGUGCAGGUGCGAGAAAACCUACGAAACCUGCGCUUCCCUGCUGACAAUGUGGCCACAGCUGUCACUACAGCACAGGUGAACAUCAGGGUGUUAGAUGUGGACGAGGCGCCCGUGUUUUCACAGCCCAUCUACACCUUCAAGGUGCUGGAGGAACGACUUGUCAACAACAUCGGCACAAUCAGCGCCAGAGAUCCCGACAAAGCCAACAAAAGCAUCCGAUACUCCAUCUUGGACAAGGACUGUCCAAUCGCUAUCAAUCCAAUCACAGGGCAGCUGUCCACCCUGAGGACUCUGGACCGUGAGCUGCAGGCCACGCACAUGUUCCAAGUUAAAGCCCAAGAGGAGCCAAGCGGUUUGGAGUCGUUUGUCAAAGUGAACAUCGUUGUCGAGGACGUCAAUGACAACAAGCCCGAACUGGCUGUGGACGAGAUCUUUGUCUGUGAGAGCGACACUGCAAAGACAGUGAUCGGGACUCUGAGAGCCACAGAUAAAGACGACCAGCCAGCCUCUUUCACCUUCAGCCUAGCCAGUCCCAGCUCCAACUUCUCCAUCAGAGACUUUGGCAACAACACAGCAGACGUCCUGGUGAAACAAGGCCCCUUCAAUCUGGAUGACCCCAGAGACUACAGCGUGGACGUGAGCAUUAGUGACGGCGGACGCCCCAUCCAGACCAGCAUCACCAAAGUGGCCAUCAAGGCAUGUCGCUGCGAUGCCAGGCGGAUUCCGACGCAGUGUAAGGCUGUGGCUCAGAAGAUGGGAGUGAGCGUCCAUGUGCUCAUCGCCAUUCUUCUCUGCAUUCUCACCAUACUGGUGAUCGUGAUUCUGUUUGUGAUGAAGAAACGCUAUCACAAGGAUUCGCUGGCCAGUAUGAAGAACAGCGGCGAGAUUCACGAACAGCUGGUUACGUACGACGAGGAGGGGGGAGGGGAGAUGGACACCAACGGCUACGAUGUCUCCAUCCUGACGUCGGCCUUCCACGAUGGCUCCCUUCUCCGCCACCCGGACUGCCAUCCCCACCCGUCCCUUUAUGCCAUGGUCCAGAAGCCCCACCCGCACCACGGCCAGCCCGCCGCCUGCAAGGGCGACAUGGCGGCCAUGAUCGAGGUGAAGAAAGACGAGGCUGACCAUGACAGGGAUGGCUUCCCAUACGACACGCUGCACAUCUACGGCUACGAGGGGCCAGAGUCCAUAGCGGGCAGCCUCAGCUCUCUGGGAAGUUCCUCCAGCGGGUCGGACUCGGAUUACGACUUCUUGAGCGACUGGGGCCCCAGGUUCAGGACCCUGGCCGAGCUGUACGGCGUGGAAGAGCCUGACUACUACCACUAAUAGUCUUCCGGGCAACAUGCCAGGAUACUAAACAGCCAUGCACACACACACACACACGUGCACACACACAGAUUAACACACAUUAAGAGACAACAACUGACCUUGAUGUUGUCAGUUUUGUUUCUGGACGAGGAGCUAGGAGAAAUUUGGAGGGUCCAAGAAGCUCCAUCAAGACGAAGCUCUCUGGUCGUCCAAUCAGAUAAAAGGAUGUCACGGGAGGGGGAGGGGCUUCGUCAUUUGAUGAUUGCCUGAAAGGUAGCAGCCAAUCAAAGUUGAGGUCUGAGCAGUGUGUUUGUGUGCCAUUUUUUUAUUUUGUAUUUUUUAUCUGUACAUCUACACGGUCAUCUGUAUAAUCCAAAAAAGAAGAACUUUGUUGAGGAAAAAAAGGCUUUGCUACACAUGUUAAAAUGCUACACAUCUUAAAUUCCAGUAAAAGAGGCUAGAUUUCGGCCAACACCACAAAUACACUAUUGUGGGACUUGCUCAAAAUGGUUGAAAAUACGAGAAUAUGGGACCUUUUUAAAGGCUCUCCAAAUUAUUGAGAAUUCUUGGAUUUUUCGUGUUUUUUGUAGAAGCAAUUUAACUGUCAAGAAUGAGAUUUUAACCAAGAAAUCAGAAGCUGGUGGUUUCUAAACGGUGUGACGCCCUCACUUCAAUGCAGUGUUGUGUCCCGGUUGAUACUGAAAAGGGACAAGAACAAAUACUGGAAUUUUAUAUUUUAAGUCUUCACUUGAGUUUCUCCUGCCUCUUCAAUCCAAAUAUUAGUUCAGUUUUUAUCACUUUCUUUCGGAAAAGGACCACAGCAAUAGUCAGAGAUAAAUGUACAGUACAUCAGGCACACCCUUUUUUCCAUUAAGUGCCGACACCACCACACAUUUAGCAGUAUUCUGAAAGAAAGUAAAGCAAAACUACUCUUAAUGUUUUCUCCAAGCCAAGCAGUGAAAGAGGAGUCAUUUUCCAAACAAGCCAUUAUGUCCAUUUUGUAAUUUUAUCUGCGGCGAGAAAGCGAGCGAGCAGAGGAGGGGAAAAAAAGAGCUUUGUUUGACACAAGCCGUCAUCGCAGUUAUUGUUGUGUUGAAAGCUCAACUCUCAGAGGCCUCGUCUCAACGAGGUCCUCUGCACAACUCAGGAAGCUCACGGAUGCUCCAACAACUUUAACCUCUCAUCCUUCUGGCUACUGUCAGCUUGUGGAAGCAUGCCCCGCCCUCCAAAAAAGCAGACAAUUGCUGAAUACAUUUUUUUGGAUAAUUUUUUUUUAACCAGCAUAUUGUUCAAAUAGGCUAAACCGGGGGUGUCUAAAGUACAGCACGGGGACCAUUUGCCGCCCACAACUGUUUUUGUAUUGCCCUUUCCAUUUUGAAUAUACAAUUAAAUAAGGUAACCAAAAAAAAGAUAAACAUGGAAAAAUAAGAAUUUAUUUGAUGAGAAUAAAAUACACAAAAUGUAAGAUAUCCAAGUGGUCCCCAUCCAUUGAUUUUCAAUACGCAGCCCUCGCUGGGAAAGGUUUGGACACCCCUGGGCUAAAUAAACUUCCAUCAAGCGUUCUAGAAUAUACUCUUAAUAACCGUUCAUUUGGACCCUUUAAAGGAAAACUGCAUCAUCCACAAUCAUCAUCCACAAUCCUUAUAGGAGACAUGAAAAACAGAUCAAAAGAGGCAGCUCAUUAAUGCACGUAAUGGGACACACCUAUGCUUCCUACAAAACCUCCAACAAGGUUUUACGGUUUUAUAUACAUGCUAUACCCGUGUAGUAAAAGGUACAUUCAUGAUAACGUAAUACUUUUUAAGCAUUACCGGAACUUCCUUACUGUGCGCACUGAUUAGCAACAUCGCAACAUAGCAACAUAGAAAGGAACGCUACACCAAGCAUGAACUUUUCCAAGCUCAAAACUAAAAACACAGUAGCCGCUCCAAGAUGUAUUAUUAGCUCUCGGGAGUGGCCUGAUGCAUUGUGAGAGCGGCGAGUACGCGCUGUGAGCGAAUGUGUGGUAAAGCUAGACGCUAGCUGGCUAGUAGCUAGCCGUAGUUCUGGAGCGCAACAAUGUUAAUAACAAUAACAACAAUGUCGCUGUAGCUUGGUUAAUAUGCAGGUCAGAUUAUAUGUAAAAGGAGAGUUGUUGCCACUUUUUUGCGGUGGUUUUCAGACAGCUUUAUAGCCAGAAUACCUAGGUGUGUCCCAUUAAGUGAAUUCAUAGCUGUCUAAUUUUUUCUGCUUUUAUUUCUUUAGAAUGCACAAAAGAGAAAGACGUGUGUUCAUGUCUUAAAUAAGGAUUGUGGAUAAAGGGCAAAAUUUAAAAAAAUAAUAAUAAAAAGAGGUGCAGUUUUCCUUUAAGGAUCUGUUAAAGAGCAGUUUUUGGUUUAAAAUUCAAUCUUGCUGCCAUUAAAGCAACAGCUGAGGCAAUUUAAGCCACUCAGGUGCCUGGAGAAAGUCAUUUCUGGAAAAGUCAGUGGUGGACCUGUGAAAGAGUAGUUCUUCGUUUAAAAUUUAUACAGAAGUGACUUUCUAAUGCUGUUCUAACAGUAAUGGGUGUCCCUAGUUUAUGAGCACCAAAAUUAAUACAAAUCUUCCUCACUUGUCUGUUCCACUCUCAAACGCUCGCUUUGACUUCAUGAAGGAAAAACCACCUUCAUGGACCCCUGCCUCGCUAGAUAACUCCUGCCUCUUGUUUAUCAUACUAGGGGUGUCUCGAUCCAACAUUGAUAUUGGACCAAUAUCAGCAAAAAAACAAGUAUCGGCCUGCAUCUAAAAUCUCGCUAUUGGCUCUCCGAUACAAGCAGUCGAUUCCAAGCAGUUGUUCAACCUGUAGCGGCUGAAUAAAGCCCACGUUAUCACAACAACAGCGUGUGCUAACAUGUUUGUUGGCCAUGUGGCAGUAUUUAUCAUUAAAGUCCAUAAAAGACGUUGCAGAUGAGUGCAAAACUUGUCAUGCACAAGUUUCAAGUGGUGGCACAGAACCGGGGAAGCUUAAUACAACAAACCUCAUUGCGCAUUUGAAGCAGCGUCACACAGGAAACUCCCACAGGACAGCAAAAAGUCUUUAGCUGUAACAGGAGAGAGCCAGCCCCUGUCGGCGGUGAGUAAUGUUGGGUUUAAAUGCUUAAUUGAGCACAUCGAACCUUGCUAUAUUAUCCCUAGCGGCCAUGACAUCAUUGAGAAAUAUACUGUAUACUCCAGAUGCAUCAAGAAGUAAAUGAGUAUUUUUCUCAUACCUACUGUUGUUCUCUGUUUGAGUAAUAGCACUUGAUCAAGCAUUUUCUAACAUUCCACAUUACAAAAUAAGUCAUAAAAGUGUGUAUGAUUUGUGCUGAUAUUCAAGGCAGCAAUACCAGUAUCGUAUCGGAAGUGAAAAAGUUGUAUUGGGACAUCCCUAGUGUUUAAAAAAACAGCAGGCUUUGCUAUACAUCUUAAAAUAUAGCUGUAUAAAUUCCAGCAUCACGGCUAGAUUUUGGCCAACACAUCUCCAGCGCACUACUGUGGUUUAAUUUAAAUGGUUCAAAAACACUAUAAUGAGACAUUUAAAGGCUCCGCAAAUUAUUGGUAGUGGUUGGAUUCGUCGUCUUUUGGGGAAGACCAAUUUAACUGCGGAAAGGGUGAGAUUUUAUCAUGAAAAUGAGGAGCUUGUAGUUUAUAAAAGGUGUUAAAGGGCAAAUGUGUUGCCUUCACUUUCAAUGCAGUUGUACUGAAGAUGCAGCGAGUCCCUCCAAGGAGGUUAUGUUGUUUUGUAGGACUAGAUAUAGUCCCUCUUCAUCUCCUUUUCCAAUUAGUCCAAGAAUCCUGGAAGCGUUGAUAAUCCCAUCCUUUGCCAAGUGUCCUGUAUAUGGACACAACCGCUCCUUGGCAGUUCUUGCAGUGGUAAGGCUAGGGUAAGGAACUAGCUCACAACCAGCUGUAACCCCUAGGACUAGAACUGGGGAGGGUUUCAACUACUCCCCUGGUUAGGGUUAGGAGUGGGAAUAGGAUUAGCUACCCUCUGGUUAGGAUUAGGAUCAAGAAAUUUGCUGAAAUUUUUUUUACUAAUAAUAGGCGGUAGUCGACAAUGAAAUGGCAAUAAUUUAUUACCUAAUUUUUGAAAAACUGCGAUAGAGUGAGGGAGCGAUGUUCGAACCAGGGCGACUGUGCUGUAGUUUGGUAAAUCCCUAAACAGGCCAUUUUUCCACAGUUACAAUUUCAAAUUGGGAUAGUUGGGAUUGCUCUGUGUAUCAUUCUAAUAUAAAGAAUUCCUCGUUUAUUCUCUAUGUUGUUCUUGCUUGGAAGGCCAAACUGAAGACACAAUAGCUGGAAGUCACAUCACUCUUUUUCCCGUCGGCAUUCAUGUGUGAACUUCCAGCACCGUCUUCCCUCCUCGUCCUCGCUGCCUCGUCCCGGCUUGAAUCAACGCUAAACCAAACAGUGGAGUCAUAUUCCUGUCCAUAAGGGGGAGGGAUUGAAAGAGGGAAGGAGGGGGGGAAGGCGAGGUUGUGCCCGCCUUUUCCUGCCGUAUGUUAUCUCUCUGGUGACCCGACACAUUGUCCUCACUUCCUGUUUGGUGGGCUUGACAAACAAUCUUGGAGAGGAAGGCGAGGAGGUUGAAGGUUAAGAAGAAACAAGCAUUAAGAGAACAAUGUAGCCAUUGAAAGCUUUCAAUCACGGCAACACUGAGAAACACUUGACCAAUCUGAAUAUGUAUGUGCUUUUUUGGAGAUUAUAAACCACAAAUGGAUGAUUUAACAUUCAAUUUUCAACUUUAGUUUGUGCCCCUUUUAUUCACACUUUUUUAUUUUUUAUAUUUUAACCUUUAGACACAAUUUGAUGAUUAUCCAUAAUCUUUAGUAAGACAUUUUGCUGAAAAAGAAGACACAUGAAUCACUCAAAAUCCCUAAAAUGUAAGCUCUUUUUCAUUCAUUACAAAAAAGGCGGCAGCCAUCAAAGUCAAAGCCCAGCAACGUCACCUUCUAUUCUACUUACUUUGACUUUUGUCUCUUUCCUCCACGCUUGUAUUUAUUUUUCAGAAAAUGGACAGCAAAAUGUUUCCUUUCAAGCUCGUCCGCCUGAUUUCGCUCCUGAAUUCACUGCGUGGGACUUUGAGCGAGAGAGAAAAAAUGUUGGUUUUUCAGCCAAUUUAACCAUCUACAUUGUGAGAAGCAGACGGACAAAUUGGCCGACCAUUUUCUGGCCCAUUUUUGCUCGCUCAUUUCAGAUUUCACUUGCAGGAACAAAAUGUUCAAACUGAACCCAAAAAACAGACGGAAAAGUUGAUUUUGUGGCGGUUGCAACUCCAUCCGUCCAUAAUAAUGUUUACCCAGUCUAAUUGAGAAUUUAGGGGCAUUAUGCAGGGUUGUCAUGGCAACAUCAGAGACACAUUUCCCUUAUUACAAGUCAGUGUAACAUUCAAAUUAUAUUAUUUGAAGGUAUAGUCGUGCUUUUGGUUGAAGGAGGGUGAUUUUCUUUUAAGAGGCUAAAAUGAUUUUACAUUCAAACUCACUGUCUCAGGUUGGGAUGCAAACGCAACAAAUUGUCACAUUAACAAAUGAACUCACGUGUGUACACUAAUAAAUGACAUAUUUUCACUGUAUCUUGUGCGUUACUGGUGGACUUCGACUGAAAUGUACAGUAUACAAAAAUGUGCCUCUCCGUGUGAUUUCGUUUGUUUGUUUUUUUUAUAUUGUAUUUAGGCAACUAUAAACUUGACAGAAUCGCUUUUAAAAGUAUCACUAAUUGGAUUUUCGAUAAAAGAUGCAGUGUGUCUUAUGUGUUUUCACCAAGUAAUUGUAGGAAUUUGUACAAAAAGUGAAGCGUUUUGCGUGACACAAAAAUACAUUCAAUUAAUAAAAUGAUUAUAGUUUAUUUUUUAGCGCUUUGCUUUUUGUACAAAAUCCUACUAAAUUCCUUCGGGAACCGCAUAAGGUAAAAAAAAAAAAAAAGCAAAAGAAAACAUUUCUUCGCUGUAUAAACAGAGAAGAUGUGUGCCUUCAUUCUUUCAAGAAAAUAAAAGUGGAAUUCUUUUUUUCUUUUUUUUCGGGAUGGUGAACACAAUGUUUUAUAUAUUGUUUUUAUGGCGUAUAGCAAAUGACUUUUUAUUACCUGACAUUUUUGUAAGUGUAGAAUAAAAAAAUAAACUU